AUGAAAGUGUUCUUGUCUGUCAGUUUGUGCGUGUUGCUUCUGAGUGACUUCGGUGCGUCUCGGAGUCUCGGACCACUCCAUCGAGGAAUACGCAGUGCCGAUGUGACUCCCACGCCUGAAUCCAGCCCGGAAGGAGUUUCCACGAGCUCGGAGAGCGUCGAGGAGAAAACUCCCAAUCCAUCCACUGGGGCUCCGACCGAAACUCCGAGCACGACUCCCGCUGGAAGGUCAUCUCCCGAGGCAUCGUCGACGCCGGCUGCGAGUGUCGAGCCGAGCGCAGCCCCGGAGGUAACCAGCAGCGCUCCUCCGAGCUCUACAGAUGUCGGAACGCCGGAAACUGUUUCGGUUGCGGAAACCACCUCGAAAGCCGCUGGGGACCCGGUCCCGGCCGAGACAAGACAACAGCCUGGAGAGCUCUCCUCGGAGACGACCUCGGAAUCGACCAGAGACGACUCGCCUCCCCAAGAAACUGAAACAAUCGUUCCGAAAGCCGAGUCGAUCACCCCUGCCACAUCGACAGAGAUCGUGGCCAGUGUGACGUCGGUUGCGGACGUCAGUUCCGAAAACGCAGCGGUUUCUCAGGAGAGCAGACUCGAUGAGUCGUCUCCAGAUGGCGGUUCGACGCCCCCGCCGGUCGAAGCUGCCAAGGAGGUCGUCUCUCCUUCCGAGGAGAAGCUAGACAUGACUGAAACUCCGAAGUUGCAGCCGAUGGAGAACGCGGAAAUCGUAAAAGUUCUCGUGCCUCUGGCCCCGGUUACGAUAUUGUCGUCGGCAGCUCCCGGUAGUCCGCAGGCCAAAUCUCUGCGCGACGAGGAUCCGUCUUUCGGGGCAUCGAAUCCGGAUUUCGUCGUCGUGCCGGCUCAAGUGAUCCACAUCGACGGAACCACAGCUAGUUCCGUGAGUUCCACCGAUGCGAUCUCCACGGAAGUACCGGAGCUGGCCGAAGUUGCGAAAGGCGAAAACGGUCUCCUGGAAACAGCAUCUCCCCCGGUGGAGCAGGCUCCAGAGUCGAAAUCGGGACCUGCGGAAAUUGGCUCCGAGAUGCCGAGUACGUCUCCCGCUCCUUCGACCGCAAUAUCCGUGACAAAUGAGGAAUUGAGUGAAGUCCCAAGUUCAACUGGUGCACCUCAGACGACGAUGGAAGGGGUGGAGGAUUCGGCGAGAGCAUCGUCCACUGCGCAGCCCGUCGAAGUUGUCGAGAGCGCGGCCAGUCAGGAACCGCCGAGGAGUGAUUCGCGGCAAGAGACCCCAGAAAAGAAGAGACCUACCUCCACAACGGAGUCGGCCGAGGCGGUAACCUCACAAGAAACGAGCUCCACGGCCGCGCCAGAGAGUCCUACGACAGCCGCACCAGAGAGUCCUGCGCCGGCCGCGCAAGAGAGUCCUGCACCGACCGCGCCAGAGAAUCCCGCGCAGCCGGCUCCAGAAAUUGCCGCACAAUCGGCUCCAGAAAUGACCUCACAGGCCGCUCCAGAAAGUCCCGCAAAGCAGGCUCCCGAAACUACCCCACGAGCCGCUGCAGAGAGUCACGCACCGGCCGCUCGAGAAGAUCCCGCACCAGCAUCUUCGACAGUCCCCCCGACGGAAGUUCCAUCUAGUUCGGAAGAACCCUCGAAAACCUCCGUGCCAUCCGCAGAGAAGAUGAACUGA